GGUCGAGCCACGGGCGUGCAAAAACUUCCUACUUCACCCGGAAGUACCACACAAAUCUGCUGCCCUCAAGUGUUUAGAGGGAGAAACAACAAGCCGACGCUGCAAUACGUAAACCAAUUAACGCCUAUCAAUUUAAAGGAUCUCGAUGAUUUAACUACGAAGCAAAGGUGGCCAUAAAAUAUGAGUUGGAACUUGUUGACCAUGGCUGUUGGUAGGAUGUAGAGCUCACUCGUCAUGUGGCGGUCUGUUGAUUCUAGCUGAGCUGUGUUGACCGUUCGCCCAUCACUAUUGACCCGCUAAUAAAUUCCGAACCAAGCGGAGAGGUGUGCACACAGACUUGACCGAGAAACAUCUGGUGAACAGCUUCCUCUCCACCAUGUCCAAGGUGUCCUUAGACCAUUCCAUGAAGACACUGACUCUUUUGUUGACACUUUGUGCGCACGUACAAUUGGCCGGAGGAAGAAAGGACGCAGCCAAUGGGGACAACAGCGGCCAGAAAGGCUCUUCGCGGUCCUCAGACACAAACCCGGGUCGUUGUUCUUACACCUUCAUAGUUCCACAGCAGAAGCUGACAGGUGCCCUGUGUCUGAACACACACUCCGCCAUUAACGCUGCUCAUAACAACCACUCUGAGGUCGCAGAACUGAGGGCGGAGCUCCGGCGACACCAGGAACAGCUCGAGAAACUCCAGCACCAACUGGACCAGGAGGGGGCGCUGGCCGUUGAGGUGAAAGCUCUGCGCAAGGAGAGCAACAACAUGAAUCUUCGCAUCACGCAGCUCUACGCUCAGCUGCUGAGUGAAGUCAUAGCCAAGAAAGACCAGGCCUAUGAGCAAAAAAGGGCGGAGAACCGCCUGCGGACCGCUUCGGCACUGCAGGUGUCCAGUAAUUACAGGGAGCUGGAGAAAAAAUAUGGCAUUCUCGUGUCCACAAUGAACUCUCAGAACCAGCUCAUUGCUCGCUUGGAGGACCAAUGCCAGUGCAAGGAACUUGGCCAGCGAUCCUCUGAGGUAAUGACAGAUCCACCCAAAGUCCAGUCCAACAUGCAGCCUAAUUACAGCUCUAAAGCCAGUGAGAUGACCAAUGACGUUCAAAGGGACCAAAGUGCUCUUCCUCCACCAGCACAGCAGGAAACAACAGGCGGAGUUCAUUCUCCUCCUAAGAUCUCAACCAACCCCCCAACAGAGGCCCCUUUCAUUAGUUUCCCUGUCACGAAGACUCCAGGACCAUGGCGAGACUGCCAGCAUGUGCUUACCUCCGGAGAGAUCACCAGUGGGAUCUACCUGCUACGCCCGCAGACCACCAACCGGCUUAUGCAGGCCUGGUGUGAGCAGAGCCGGGAUGAGGGCGGAUGGACGGUCAUCCAGAGGAGACAGGAUGGCUCUGUCAACUUCUUCAGGACAUGGGAGCAGUAUAAGCAAGGCUUUGGGAACCUGGAUGGAGAGUACUGGCUGGGUCUGGAGCACCUUUACUGGUUGACCAAGCAGACUCACUAUAAGCUGCGCGUGGCUCUGGAGGACUGGCAGGGCCGACAGGUUUACGCCGAAUAUGACCGCUUCUACCUGGAGCCGGAGAGCGACUGGUACCGACUCCGGUUGGGACAAUACCAGGGCAGCGCCGGCGACUCCCUGUCGUGGCACAACAACAAGGCCUUCACCACUCUGGAUCGAGACAAGGACAGUUACACAGGUAAUUGUGCUCAUUACCAGAAGGGAGGCUGGUGGUACCACAUGUGCGCCCACUCCAACUUGAACGGUGUGUGGUACCGUGGCGGGCACUACCGCAGCAGGUACCAGGAUGGAGUCUACUGGGCCGAGUUCCAUGGAGGAGCCUACUCCCUGAAGCAGGUUACCAUGAUGAUCAAACCCACAUGAUGUCUUCGUCAACGUCCCUGCGCAGGCCGCGCAUUCAUCUCUACUCUCUCUCCAGAAAUGGACAAAUAAAGUUGGGGAGGGUCAGAAUUUAGCAUCUUCAGCUCUUGCGCAAAUUACGUGAGUCACAUGAGACCUGUGGAUAAGUCUAAAUUUGGUCACAUAAAAAGCAGGAAAAAAUCCAAAAGAGGAAAGUGACUGAAAUAUAAGCUAUGUUUAUGCUAACAUUAAGCUUUUUGGCUAGGUUUUAUCUGUUUUUUUCUCUAUUUCACUUUUUUUUUGUCGUCUUAUUGUUAGUCAGUGAACAUCUCUAGUUUAAAAUUUGGUUUUUGUUUUUGGCUAAAAUCUUUUGGCUAACACUUACCUAUAUAUUUUAACACGCAUUUUUUUUCCACUUGACUAACAGUCAGACCGCUUUAGGCAAACGCCCAUAUUGCCAAUCGGUGGAGCCGGCCCUGUGUGUACGCAUAUGAGGUGUGACACGAUAAGUUAGAGAUUAUCAAAGUGUUUUUAUACUUCAAUUCACUGAAUCGUUGUUACCAUGAACUGUGUUUUAUCCGUAUCUGUACUGUUUCUGAGAAAA